AUGACUCUUACUGGUAGCUGCAUGUGUGGUGGCGUCCACUAUACCGCUGAUGUGGACAAGUACUUGUCGGCGCUUUGCCAUUGCACUGAUUGCCAGAAGUGGACUGGAGGCGCAUUCACUUCCAACGCUGUCGUGCCCCGCACCAGCUUGAAGAUGACUAAGGGAAGCCCUAGUACCUACGAUGCUGUUGGUGAUAGUGGCAAAAUCAACAAACACUUUUUCUGCCCUACCUGUGGAUCGAGUCUGUACACCGAGCUGGAGCUCAUGCCAGAUAUGACCUGUAUCAAGGCCGGCGGCUUGGACAACGGCGAAGCCAACCUAGGCGGUAAGGUCGAUAUUGAAUUCUAUGUCAAGGACCGCCCUAGCUAUCUGGCUGCUGUUGAGGGCGCCAAGCAGGAAUCGGCGUUUGGUGGUUAA